AUGGAAAGGGCCAGAAUCUAUUGGAUUCAGGCCACGCUGGCCACAUUCUUUAAAGAUGAACUCGCUGCACUCGCCAACGGAACAACGCUUCCUUCGACGCAUCCAUUUACGAGGCUCACCGCUUACCUUGACCAUCAAGGGAUCGCCAGAGUAGGCGGGCGUCUCCAACACUCGGAGCUUUCACACGACGGCAAACACCCUAUCAUCUUGCCUCGUGAUUCAAGAUUCUCAGCGCUUCUCAUCGACCACGCACAUCGUCAGACCGUGCAUGGAGGUACGCAAUCCACCCUCGCUUUUCUCAGACAGCGCUACUGGAUUCUUGGUGGACGAGCUCCAGUGAAAACGCAUAUCCUGGGGUGCGUGAAGUGCGCUCGGCAGAGGGGGAUCCGUGCUCAUCAACUGAUGGGCCAACUACAUCUUUGUGUCACUCCAUCGUGCCCGUUCACACACACUGGUGUGGACUACGCAGGACCGCUCACGCUGAAGACUUGGAAAGGCAGAGGAGCUGAGGCGCAGAAAAGGUGGAUUUGUGUAUUCGUCUGCUUCGCAACAUCAGCUGUACACUUGGAAGUUGUCACCGACUACUCAGCCGACGCGUUCAUCGCAGCCUAUCGCAGAUUCGCAGCAAGGAGAGGAGCUGCAGCCUCUGUCUACUCAGAUUGCGGCACCAACUUCCAAGGAGCGGACGCGCAGUUAAAAAAGCAGUUCAAGGACAGCACAUGCGAAAACCAAGACAUCGCAGCUCUACUAGCCAAGGAUGGUACGCAGUGGCACUUCAACCCUCCUGCCGCUCCACACAUGGGUGGAAAAUGGGAGGCAGUGGUCAAGUCUCUCAAAUUCUAUUUGAAGAGGACUAUUGGAAAUGCUUUAUUGACGUUCGAGGAAUCAAUAACAUUGCUCGCGCAGAUUGAAGCUAUCCUCAAUUCAAGACCGUUGGAACCACUCAGCGAUGAUCCAGACGACGUCUCAGCCCUCUCACCAGGACACUUCCUGAUCGGAUCGCCGCCCAACGCAGUGCCAGUGCCCACGCUUCUCGACAUCUCAGUCAACAGAUUGCAAUUGCUACAGCCGCGGCUCCAACAAUUUUGGAGACUCUGGUCAACGCAGUACUUGCAGCGACUCCAGGCCAUCUCAAAAUGGCAUCAUCCGUCCAACGAGAUCAAGCUAGGCUCUCUUGUUCUCAUUACUGAUGAACGCUUGCCCCCAGGGAAAUGGCCCAUGGCCAGGGUUCUCAGUCUGAUGCCAGGAAACGAUGGACUGACCAGGGUCGUCACCCUCAAGACGGCCACCACAACGCUCACGCGGCCCAUCGCCAAGCUGGCUCCUCUUCAUCAGCCCUCUCAGGACAACGCAGACACGCAGACCACAUCAUCGACCAGUCGCUGA